UUUUAUAGCCACAUUCAAGGCAUCAUUGCUACCAGUUUUACAAUCUCACUGGCAAUUUUUUAUAUCUAUCGCUUACCAUUUCUAGUAGUACAAGAAGCAUAGAUGACGGUGGCAAAGGAAACUUUUAGUGUCAAUGUCGUCCAAAUCGACCCAAAACAAAUAAUGAAACCGAAGAAUUACAAGCGGAAAAUACCUUUCCUGAUACCUAGCAAAACCAACAAAGUCGAUGUAUCAGAAUUAAAACAAAAUAAAGCUCCUGCGACGUUCCAGAAAUCAUUACGAGUCACCUUGAUAAUCGGACAAAUAUUUUCACUGCUGCCAGUGGAAGGAGUUUGCAGCACAUCGCCGAUUGAUGUUAGAUUCGUAUGGUGGUCAUUCAAAUUUACUUACCUAAUCUUGUCGCUGAUUGGACAAUUCUUUAUCACAUUUAUGUGCUUCUACAGAAUUUUUCAUAGUACCUCUUCAUUAAAUGGAACAACUCCGUUUAUCUUCUAUGGAACAACUUGUAUAACAACGACGUUAUUCCUUCGUGUUGCCCUUCGUUGGCCGGACUUGAUUCGACACAUAGCCCACGUGGAAGAUCAGGAUACAUAUUACGAUCGAACACUCACUCUUAAAUGUAACGCUACUUGUGCCGGCGUCUUGUUCCUAGCUCUAGUGGAACAUCUGUUAUCAUUGUUGUCCGCUUACACGGGAGCAAUGGUAUGUCAGAGCGAUAUGACACACGAAAGCUUCGUGAAACAUUUUUAUCCAUGGGUCUUCAACUAUUUGCCUUAUUCAUUUGGUUUGGGAAUAUUAACGCAGUUUCUCCACUUCCAAUCGACGUUUAUUUGGAAUUUCUCUGAUUUAUUCGUGAUAUGUAUAAGUUACUAUUUAACCUCAAGGCUCAAUUAUGUCAAUAAACAAUUACUCAACGCUCAAGGAAAGUAUUUACCCGAGGUUUUCUGGAGGACAGUUCGCGAAGAAUACUGUCGCGCAACUCAGCUCGUGAGAAGAGUCGAUGACGUCAUCAACGGAGUCAUUUUUAUUUCAUUCGCUAAUAACCUAUUCUUUAUCUGUCUCCAGCUUUUUAACUCUCUGGAAGAUGGUAUCAAAGGAAACGGAGAAUGUAACAGUCGUGGUAAGGGGAAGCCCAGCAUCCUUGGAGGUUACGAGGCAGCUUCAUAUUUCUUCUUCUCUCUCGUCUUUCUCAUUGCUCGAUCUGUCACAGUGUCACUCAUCGCAUCUCAAGUCAACUCAGCUUCAAACGUACCAGCGUCUGUCCUGUAUGACGUGCCCUCACCAGUAUAUUGUGUGGAGGUUCAAAGGUUUUUGGAUCAAGUGAACGGAGAUAACAUCGCUUUGAGCGGUUUACAAUUCUUCAGCGUUACACGUGGAUUAUUGCUAACAGUUGCUGGUACCAUCGUGACGUAUGAACUAGUGAUGUUCCAGUUCAGUUCGCAGCCUCAAUCAUCUAACAUUUCUUCAACAAGUCCAACACUAUCAUUUUAUAAUAACACAAUUAUACCAAUUUUGUAAUCUACCAAACUUGUUUAAUCAUCUAAAA